CUGGAGGGCUUUGUUCCUCAUUCGGAACUAUAUGUGGGGUGUUUUCUGCGGGCGAUUGAAUGUCUUAUUAGAAAAUAGAAAUAACCGCGCGGGUGUUGAACAGCCUGCAAAACUGCGUUACCGUAUUGCUUCUUCCGUAUGUUUUGUGGUUACGGCUAAGUUGGGAGAUGCGAAUGCACCAGUGAUCUUAAAGUGCACAUGCGGAGCAAAAAAUUAUGAAGGAACUGCGAGAAUAUCCAAAAGAGUUUCUUGUUUGUUCAGGGUUAUGUGUGAAUGUAAGGGACCGCUUCUCUAGCUUGUAAGCAUUUUCUAAUCUCAGGCAUUUGUCAGAACCAUUGCAGUUUGUAAGGAGUGGGUUAGUUUGUUUAAAGUUCGGGGCUAUCCCAGUCAGAGAAUGCACCUGGGCAAUGUGGCCAAAACGUGGGCUAAAUGGGUAAUUUUGAUCGGCAAAUAGGUGAGUAAAGGAUGGUGUAAAUGCUACAUAGUUUACACACUUUACCCAUAUUGGCCACUUUUUCCCCGUUUCCCCAUGUCCCGAAAAUUCCUAUUGUCUCACUUUUUCCCAGUGUGCCCACUUUUUCAACGAACACUUUACCCAUAUCAUUUUCUAAAAUGGCCCACUUUACCCAUGUUACAACCGAAAAAAGCCCACCUUUUAUCACUGCCCAAAUUUGAACGGAAAACUGCCCACGUUCUUACCCACAUAUCUCAGGUCCAAAAAAUUCACUUACUGAGUAGUUGUUAGAAAGCAACGAGAAAUGAUUCUGAUUGGAUACGCAUAUUAUACACCGGGGCGCUGUGUGUGAUUAUGUUGGUCCCCUCCUCCUCACGGACUGUCCGGCCGGCUCUCCUUCACACAGCACAGCCAUUAUGAUGCAGUUUACGUGCAUUCUCCCGUAAACUUCGUAGUGUGACGUCUUGGACAGCGAGAAAAAAAUUCGGACUGUAUUUUGUAACCAGCUGAAGAUAUCACAUUCAUUAACCCUGCAAACUCAAUCACCCUGUUUAUAGCAACUGAGUAUGAACUUCUAGUAGGCUUGGACACUGGAAUCAGUGGCUUCUCACAGGUCACUUAGUUGCAGCUCCUCUGCAACCAAUAUGUACACACUAGUUUUCAGUGAACUAAUUCCUUUCCAUCUUCUAGGUACCUGGAACGUGAAUAUAUUCAUGUCAUAUAUGGUGAAUCAAUUCCCGAAGUUGUAAAUGAACUCAGUAUAGACGAGUAAAAAUAAACCACAAUUUUCGUUUCGCGGCAUUUGUUUAUACUUUAAUCCUUUCUGUAAUACAAUUACUACUUACGAACUACACUUCUCUUGUGUUGCGGAGCGUAUGUGUUCUGGAUGAUUCAUUGGCAUGUGUUCUUUUCUAUUAAAGGUUUUCGGAGUCUAAUUUAACUCUACAUAGCAAUAUUCUUCAGCAUCAACACCUAAUAGGUGUUCUAAGUGUUCAGCUUAUACUAUCCUUCUUGUUUCUCGUUGUUAUUGCCACCUAGCAUCUGUUUGUUGAUUUGAAGUGUUCAGAAAAUUUCUAGGUUUUUGGAUCCAGUUAAGAUUAUGACUAAACAUGAUAUCCUGUAACUGUAAGAAUCAAAAAUUAGUACUCAGCAAUGUUUCUGAGAUAGUCUGGAAAUUGUUAGUGUUAUACAGAUUAGCACGUCUACACUCUUGCCAGGAGAAAUACAAGUUUGUUGAGAAAGUACAUUUUCUAAGUUCCACAAGACAAUACAUUAUCCUGUCUGAUGCGAAAAAGUUGAGAAUACACACGUUAGUAAGCCUCAGAAUACCGAACGACCACACGAAGCUGAAAUGUUUGUGCACAUGAAUUCUGGUAACGGUCUUACUUUGAGACUACUGACGCUAUAAUUGUCUCCCUAGUAGUCAUUCUUUAAUUUUGCACUUUUCCUGUUUUAUGCGUGUUCCUUCUAUUUUGUCUUGCAUUUGCUUUGUCGACUCAUUUCCUUUCCAUUCCCUUAAUAUCUGCUAGCUUUUCCAAUAAAGUAUCAAUUGGUCUGGUGGAUGGUCUUGUAAAACGAUAAGUACGAAUCCCAGCAGUAGCACUAUCCUGAAGCGAAUCACAUAUUCCCGUGCAUAAUAAGGUGACACCUUGUGUUCAGCUGUAGCCAAGUAGUUGACUACCAUCUCGACCUUCCGCCACUGGUCAUUUUUGGAGUCCUGGGUCAGUCUCCUUGCCUUGUUAAAUUUGGGUUUAACUGCAGAAAUCCGUUGUCAUUAACUGACUUUUGGUUGUGGGUUGUCAACACCCUUUACCACUACUUUUCCGUCAGACUGAAUAUCAUGUCGGGUUCCUACAGGACGAGUACUACCGUCAUUUCCAGAUAUGUUUUGUCAUCUCUUUUAAGUAUAGUUCUUAUGUUCUCAUGAGAAAAUUGGGAUUGUAAGGGCAACUUCUUGUUUUCUACUUCCAUUAAGUCGUUGGCACCCACGUGCCACGGACUAAUGUGUUAGCGGAGUCUGCACAGCAAUUCCAGUAAAAGCAGUAAGGCUCUACCAACUCUCCCUAUCGGUAAUAUAUAGCUAUAUAAUGUAUUUGUAUCCACCAUUCACUUGCUGUCGGCAGUCGCCCGUUGAGAAUAUCUCAUGUUUGAAAUUAUUGUUGACUAAGAGUAGAUGGUUGUUUGGACUCAUUUGUGAAAGACGGUCACUGGCUUUAGUUUGUCGGCAUGUCAGUCCGUAGAAAGCUCUGAUACUCUCUUAGGGUUAUGUGGGUUUGUUUUCCCGUAGCAUUAGGUUCGCUUGCUAGGACGACUAUAUGUGAGCGUUUGCUCUUAUCAUUAGAUUCGUCUGCUUCCAGUAAAACUGAUCCUUCACUGGGAUAAUUGAUUUCUGUUUCAUGUACUAAUUUAUGUGGAUCCAUGUAUUGUUCACAUUAUUUGCCAUACUCCUAUUGUUGUUUCCACGGACUUGGUGUUAAAUAACUGAUGUCAUAAUGGGUCUAUAUAUUACGGCUUUUAUGGCCUGUGUUGUAAAUCAUAAGCCACUGAAUAUGGACGUAUACAAAUGUAGUCGAUUGUUAAACGGCAAGUGGAUAGAUUUAAUUUGCUGAAGUUUUUAAUCUUGAAUAUUUUACUGUAUCUUACUGCGGUUGACCAUAUUUCUGAAGUCGUGUUUUUUGCACGUGUAAAUUAAAUAUACACUGCGAAUCUAUUUGCGAGUUAUGUAAACCUAUGGCUCAUUGUUCUGAGUCUUGGACUCUAAUGAUCUGUCAGCCUACUAAGGCUUCGACAAUCAGAUAAUGUUACCAAUCUUUCAAAUGUAUCUGAGGAUGUGUAUACCUAUGUUUCUAUGCUGCAUUUUGAGUAAUUAGUUUAAUCAUCUCCAUCUAAUUACUUCAUUAUACUUUUUGUACUGUAGCGCAUGUUACGUUUGGGGCACAUCUAUCAACUUUAUGAACCAAUCUGAGAAUCUUAAAGAACGUGUACGUGUUCUGCAGCAAGAGCUUGAAAGAAAACGUAUUCUUCUACAGAAAGCUGAGAAGAAACUUAAUUCUACAAGUGCAUGUUAUACAAGUAUAUUUUCACCGGUAACAGAAGAAAGAUCCUCUGAUGUGAACGUUCCAGAGUAUCUUGAUCCCAACUAUGUUGAACUACUAGCGUCUAAAGAGUCGCUAGUGCAAAGCAUUUUAAUUCAACCUAAUGAUGAGGAGUGCUGUAAACGCAUAAUAUCUUGUAUUUUGGGAUCUUGUGUUCCGUUGUCGGAUUUUUUGCUGAUUACCUUGUAUGACUCUGAUCGUACACUUAGCUUGUAUGCACUCUCAUUUUGUGAUUUUGAUUCCCAGUUAUUAUGGGAAAAGAAAAUAUACGUGGCCGACUUAAUAUGCUUAGAGACGAUUGUACUUUCAACUAAUCCCACUAGUGAAAAUGUGAACGUAGGUGUCUUAUUGAUUGAGAAAUAUUCAGCUAAAAGUAUUCCUAUUCUUGUUGCAUCCUUGUUCAUUUUUUCAAUCCGACUCGCUUUAAACUUUCAAAUCGAUAACAAUUUACACCAGUCGUGCCUGAUGGAUGUACAAAUGUUUCCUAUGAUAAGUGAGAAUUCUCAUAGUUGCCAUAAUUAUUCUUCAGCAGUUGUGUAUGAUUUCUGUUUUACUGAUAAAAAUGACUUGUUAUUUGUUUUGUAUGUCCCUGAUCUGCUAUCCUACAGCAUUUUUCAAUUAUCAUCUGAUGGAAAAUUUUGUCUUGUACCUGUUUCUUAUCACCAUUGUGUAGCCGAUGUGUAUCAACCGAAACUUAGUUCUUGGUUUACCGCGUUAAGUCAUUGUUCGAAGAAAUCUUCAUCAAUAUCGCAACCAGUUUGUAUUUUGGGUAUUCAUUUCAGUCCAUCAUCAAUGGAACUUAUCGGUUAUCUUAUACUUACAAAUAACAGUGAUGAACAUCCUGUAAAUGAUCAUAUAUCAGAACAAAUUAUUUUCGGCAAGUUAAGUCAGGAUGCAUAUUCAAGCGGACCAGUUAAACCCUGUUCUAAGCUUUUAUUAACUAUAUCGGAUAAACGGCCUAAUUUUCUGAUUUUUUCCAUUUUAGUAAAAAGCUGUUCAAAAGAUUCAUCGCCCACUUUUUAUUUUGCUAUGGGUGUUGUAUCUCUAGACAGUAGACCUCGUGGGUCUGUGAUACGAUUAAUUCCUAUGUGCACAGAUCAACAUGAUUCAUGUGAUUUAGAAUUGAACUGGAGCUUAUUUAACUCACCCAGUAUUCCACAAAGCCAAUGCUUGUUAAGGUUUACUUCGUCUUCUGAAGAGAAAACUCUGAUUGUUAGUUCAUGGUCUGUGGAUAAACUAGCUACAUAUUCUCGUAAGACUUCGUCUGAUGUAAUGAAGAUUACUUGCUUCAGUCUACCAGAAGUCAAUAAUCGAUUAAGUUUACUUAUUUUGUAUCAUUCAGGUAGCAUUUUAUUCAAUCAAAUUUGUACUUUUUAUUUUACUCGUGAUGUUAAUAAAGUUGUACAGUUACGCAGUUCGUAAA